AUGAACGAAGGUGAUUCCCAGACCGUGCCUGUCGACAACACAUAUCGGGAGGUUGUUGUGCACGCCAACAGGGAGUUCCAGCGGUACGCCUUGGAACACGGGAUAUACUUUGCUCCAGUGGACGAUGACGAAAUCGAGCGGCUCCAAUACAUGCAUGGGAUCUUCAACAUGAUGUUUGACAACAGGCUCAUAUUCCCGCCAGUCCCGCGGCCGAGGAGAAUUUUGGAGUGUGGGUCGGGAUCUGGGGCGUGGGCCAUGGAGGUUGCCGAACAGUAUCCUAACUGCGAGGUCAUCGGAAUCGACGUGUACCCUUAUCCCGCGCCAGAAGAUAUCCCGCCCAACCUAGAUUUCCAGGUCGACGACCUCAACAGCCCGUCUACCUUUCCGUCGAACUAUUUCGACCUAGUGCACAGCCGGAUGAUGGCCGGCGGAAUCCAUGCGAACAGAUGGAUGAAUUAUCUGAGCGACAUACUGCGCGUUCUUCGCCCAGGAGGGUGGUGUCAGAUGGUGGAGAUAUACUUCAACGCGCAAUCGGACAAUGGAACGCUUACCGCGAACCAUGCUCUUCAAGUGUGGUCGCAGAAUUAUAUGCAAAGCAUGCAACCCGCAAAAGAUCCCAGAGCGCCGCUGCGGUUGCAGAACUGGAUGACCCAGGCAGGGUUUGUCGAGGUCGAGUCGCGAUUGUUGACUUUGCCCCUGAGCGGGUGGUCGACAGAUCCUCGAGACAAUGCCAUCGGCACCGCAAAUCAAGCAAAUGUGCAUCGACUCAUGUCAUCACUUUCCGCAUUCCCCUUUUCGCAAGCCCUGAAUAUGACAAACACCGACAUCCAGCUCCUCAUAGCGCAGGCGCGCAGUGAAGCCGACAAUCCGGCCUUUAAGGCCUAUUUCCCAGUGUACGUUUGUAUCGGGCGAAAGC